UCUAGUUUGCGUCAGUCGCUAGUGCAGAAGCCUUCGUUGUGCUGUUUGGUGUGGGAGGUGUUUGCAUUGGGUUCUUCGGGCAUUUUCUGGCCAGCAAUGUUUCUCCCUCAGAUAGAGGACAAUAUGCAUUUUAAACCGAGUCGAGACAGAUUCUACACUACCAGAUGUUGUGGAUGUUGCCAUGUUAGAACUGGGACCAUCAUUCUCGGAACAUGGUACAUGGUGGUGAACCUGUUGAUGGGGAUCCUCCUGACGGUGGCUGUAACUCACCCAGAUAACGUGCCCACGGUGGAUCUGCAGUAUGAGGUCAUCGAGCACUACUUCGCCUCCGACCGCAUGGCAGAAAACGCCUGCGUGGGAUUCGCCAUCUCCUUGCUGAUGUUCACCAUCAGCGCCAUGAUGGUGUACGGAGCCAUUACACACCGCGACGGCUGGCUCAUCCCCUUCUUCUGCUACCAGCUCUUCGACUUCGCCCUCAGCUGCCUGGUGGCCAUCAGCUCCCUCACCUACCUGCCCAGGAUCAAGGACUACCUGGACCAGCUGCCCGAUUUUCCCUACAAGGACAACCUCCUCUCCCUGGACUCCAGCUGCCUGCUGCUCAUCGUCCUCAUCUUCUUCGCUUUCCUCAUCUUCCUCAAGGCCUACCUGAUCAGCUGCGUGUGGAACUGCUACAAGUACAUCAACAACAGGAACAUGCCUGAGAUCGCCGUCUACCCGUCCUUCGACACCCCCCCUCAGUACGUCCUGCCCACCUACGAGAUGGCCGUGAAGAUGCCGGAGAAGGAGCCGCCGCCCCCCUACAUGCCGGCGUAGAAGCCGACGCCCCCACGCGGCCUGUACAUAGCCACGCCCCCCUGCCCGCCAUUUUAACUUCGCUGCACCUUUCCGGGGGACCAGGACUUCCUGGGGCCUCCAGUAAUCUUUUUUCGAAACCUCACAUCCUGUAGAACUGAGGGAGGGAGGGAGAGAGUGAGCGACGGAGGGAGGGAGAGAGGGAGGGAGUGAGGGAUGAAGGGAGGGAGGGAUGGAGGGGGGUGUUGGAUUAGGUGACCACGAUUUUCAGACUUUUUUCUCCUCCCUUUCUUCUUUUCAUCUCCAUUUUUGAUGUCUUAGUAAAAAAAAAAAAAAAAAACGAUAAUGUAACAUCAACAUUGCCUGAAUGCUGAUUAUGAAUCUAUUUUUAGAGAUCCAUCCAUCUUGUCAAGAUGAAUAUUUAUAGGUAUUUAAAAGGAAUCUCAUAGACAAUCUCUUUUUUGAAGCUUCGAUAUGAUGGCCAUUUUCUCUUCCCUGCCACCCCCCCCCCUUCAUUUUGGCUUUUUAUGGUUUUAAAUGAGGCUGCUUUCUUUAUUUUUACUGACGUGUGGUACCCUUAUAAAAGGAUUUCUCCUUUGCACUUCAUCAUAUGUUUCAUCAUAUGUGUUGAGCCUCUGUGUCUGUCCGUCCGUCCGUCUGUAUGUACACGUGCCAUGCUCGCCCCUUUUGCCCCCCGCCUUCCUGGGGUUUGCCCCCCCCCCCCCAAGCGAGCUGAAACAACACUGCUCCUCCAUGCACCCAGGGGGCGCUGUGGGGUAUGCCAGGGCUGUAAAGAAUCAGUGGAUGCAUGCUUCUUUCUUUGAUUGUGUUCUGUUCCUUGUGGAAAACAAAAUGGCUUCAAUAAAUGUUUAGAAAAAUUUGUAAUCAA